GGUGAGUGAGAAGACAUAAAUAAAAGAGGAGUGCCGCCAGAGUUGCCCCACAAUUCUUCCUCUGUUUCGUUUUCUUUUCUCAUUCUCAGUCCCAAAACUCCUUCAUUCUCUCUUGCAUUUCCACCUUCCAAAGCUCUUUCUCUUACGAUCGAGCUUUGGAGAACUCGAGAAAGCAUUUGGGUCUCAAGGCUUUUUCAGAUCCCUGAACGUUUGUGUUCAUUUGUCGAUAUAACUUGGUUGGAAAAGCAUGGCAAGCGCGUUGCAGUUUCAAGGGGUUCAAGGGAGCCUUGCUGUGAGGAGGAGCAUUCAUCACUGCAAGCCCCAAAUUGGGUUUGCAGCAUUUGGUGCUCCUGUUUGUGCAAGAAGAGUUUGGGGCAAUAAGGUGACAUUCGGUAUUACGUGUAAAGCCUCGGCAAGUGAUGUGAUUGAGAAGAGUGUAACUGAGUAUGAAAAGGUGAGUAGUGAGGGUGAAACCAGUUUCACAUGUGUCAUGAAGUUUGGUGGCUCCUCAGUGGCUUCUGCUGAGAGGAUGAAAGAGGUGGCUUCCCUUAUAUUGAGUUUCCCAGAGGAGAGACCUAUAGUUGUUCUCUCUGCUAUGGGAAAGACAACAAACAAGCUUUUGCUGGCUGGAGAGAAAGCUGUGAGUUGUGGUGUUACUAAUGUGGCAAGUAUUGAGGAGCUCAGCUUUAUAAAAGACCUGCACGAAAGGACUGUGGAUCAGCUUGGAGUAGACAAAUCUGUUAUUGCAAAGCAUCUAGAUGAGUUGGAGCAACUUCUGAAGGGGAUAGCUAUGAUGAAAGAGUUGACUAAAAGGACUCAGGACUAUUUAGUUUCCUUUGGAGAAUGCAUGUCCACUAGGAUCUUUGCUGGAUAUCUUAAUAAAAUAGGUGUCAAGGCCCGCCAAUAUGAUGCAUUUGAGAUUGGUUUUAUAACUACUGAUGAUUUCACAAAUGCGGACAUUUUGGAAGCAACUUAUCCGGCCGUUGCAAAAAGAUUGAAUGGCGAUUGGCUCUCCGAUCCUGCAAUUGCAAUUGUUACAGGCUUCCUUGGAAAGGCCCGGAAAUCAUGUGCAGUGACAACACUGGGAAGAGGGGGCAGUGAUUUGACAGCUACUGCAAUUGGGAAAGCACUAGGGUUGCCAGAGAUUCAGGUUUGGAAGGAUGUUGAUGGUGUCCUAACAUGCGAUCCAAAUAUAUACCCAAAAGCAGAACCUGUUCCUUUUUUGACAUUUGAUGAGGCUGCUGAACUAGCUUACUUUGGUGCUCAGGUUCUGCAUCCACAGUCUAUGAGACCUGCUAGAGAAAGUGAUAUUCCUGUUAGGGUUAAAAAUUCUUACAACCCCAAAGCUCCAGGUACUCUCAUCACCAAAGCAAGAGAUAUGAGCAAGGCAAUAUUAACAAGCAUUGUUUUGAAACGUAAUGUGACCAUGUUGGAUAUAGUGAGCACUCGCAUGCUUGGUCAAUAUGGUUUCCUCGCUAAGGUAUUUUCAAUCUUUGAAGAUUUAGGCAUAUCAGUUGAUGUUGUAGCUACAAGUGAAGUCAGUGUUUCCUUGACACUGGAUCCAUCAAAGCUAUGGAGCAGAGAGCUAAUUCAGCAGGCAAGUGAGCUUGAUCACGUUGUCGAAGAACUAGAGAAAAUUGCUGUGGUGAAUCUCCUGCAGAAUAGAUCCAUAAUCUCUCUCAUUGGAAAUGUUCAGAGGUCAUCACUAAUAUUGGAGAAGGCUUUUCGUGUUCUUCGAAGCCUUGGAGUCACUGUGCAAAUGAUCUCUCAGGGUGCAUCUAAGGUGAACAUUUCAUUGGUUGUAAAUGACAGUGAAGGAGAGCAGUGUGUGAGAGCUCUCCACUCAGUCUUCUUUGAGAGUGAGUUGUCUGAGUUAGAGUCUUAGAGGAGUGUUACAAAAGUGGGAAAGGUUCUGUUGCUGAAUUAUCUUAGUGGACACUUGAAUGUGUCAAUUCUUUGUUCUAAGAUAUGUAUCCCAAUGUUAUAUGGUAAGGUCUGAAGAAAGCAAUUUUUACUAGUAGAUUCUGGUUAGGAGGAAUGGCAAAGCAUCAGUCUUGGUAGUGCUGGUAGUUGGUAUUACUAGAGUGAACCUUUUUAUUCUUUUGCAGCUGCUUCCAAAGGGUUAAUAACAGGCUGCAAAGCAAUUAUUGUUGACUAAAUUAUUGGAAAUCAUGUUUUUGUCUCA